AUGCAGCCCCCUCGUUGCUGUCUCCUCCUCCUCCUUCUCCUCUACCUCCUCAUCUCUGGGACACGGGCAGAUCCGGAGGGGACCUUCACUGUCCGGCUGCUGCAGACCUCCGUCUUCCAAAACACCACCUUUGUGGAGACAGAGGGGCUGGGCCUGCUGGAAGACAUUGAGCUUGGUUCUCUUGAUAAGCACACCUGGGCCAUCCACUUCUACCAGCCCUGGGUGCGCCCAGCCCUGCCCCGCAGUGACUGGGACACCAUUCAGAACAUGAUCAAGAUCUAUCUGCAGCAGUUCAACCACCUGAUCAAUGAAGGUGCCAUGCAGAAGGAUGUGCCCUACCCCUUUGUGGCACAGUGUAUGGCAGGCUGCACGAUUUUCUCCAAUAGGACCUCCCACGCCUUUGCCUACGUGGGCUACAAUGGACAGGACUUCCUCAGCUUUAACAUGGACAAUUACACCUGGCUCCCCUCCCAAGACACCAACCUGUCGCGGUAUGUCCGGGAUGUCCUCCACAACUAUACUGCCUUCACUGAGCUGGUGGAAGUUCUCUUCAACGAAACCUGUGUUGACGACACGGAGGUGUUACUGCACUACGGGAUGGCAGCUCUGGAGAGACAAGAGCUCCCCGUGGCCACGGUCUUCGCCCGCACGCCCAGCCCAGCCCAGCUCCUGCUUGUUUGCCACGUCACCGGCUUCUACCCACGGCCCAUCAGCGUGGCCUGGCUGCGGGACGGCCAGGAGGUGCCGCCGGGCCCGGCGCUCAGCACCAGCGCCAUCCUGCCCAACGCCGACCUCACCUACCAGCUGCGCAGCGUCCUGGCUGUGGCCCCCCGUGACGGGCACAGCUACGCCUGCCGCGUGCACCACCGCAGCCUGGGCACCCGCAGCCUCCUCGUGCCCUGGGGGAACUCGGAGCUGGUGCUGAUCGCAGGGCUCGGAGCCGGGCUACUGGCAGCCGUGGCCAUGGCUGCCAUCACAGCGCUUUGUGUGUGGAGACACAGAAAGCGCCGGCAGCUGGAGGAAUCAGAGUCCAGGAACUCCAUCCUGAGCAGAGACACUUAG